CACAUCUUCAUGUCACUUGGGUUACUUAACUCAUGUUUUAACCUAUUUUCCAGCCCUCUGUCUAACCCUUCCUCCUCUUUCCUCUUCCUCCCUCCCUCUGACUUUUUCAUCGUGUUAUCUCAUCAUUCCUCCUUCCCAUCUUUGUCGCAUGUCAAACCUCACGGACAGAGGAGGAGAGAAGUGUGUGUGUGUUUUUGAAAGAGAGGGACAGAGAGAGAGAGCUAAAGAGAGAAGCAGUAAAAGAUAGACAAACUAACUGUGAGCAGUAGAGGCAGCUGUGGACAACCUGCAGGACAGACAACUCUCCUUUGUAAAAGCCGAGGACUUGCUGACUUCUUCUGAACCAGCUCUGAUCCUGAAGCUUCUCCGAGUCCAAAGAAAGAUCAGGAGGGACAGAACCAGUGGACCAAAGCAAAAAAGUUUUCAUUUUGACAAUCUGGGAUCUCUUUUUCUUUUAAGCAACAAGAACAAAACAGCGUUGAAGGGGAAAAGAGGAACAAUUCAGCGAGAGGAUGCUGCUGUCUGUUGCAACUGUUCCAAACCAAAGACAACACAACUGAGAGACGAAAUCUGGUCACAGACUACAAAACUUUUUUUUUUCUCUCCCAAGAAUGAAUAAAAGCUAAGAACAGAAGGCUUAAACAAAGACACAGCAGGAGAAGGACAGUUACUGCCACCCAACCAUGCUGUUGGGCAUUUGUCCUUCAGGUUCAGAUCUGAUGAAAUAAAGACAAAAAUAAAACAAGAGAGAGGCAAAGGAAGCAUUUCAACUUAGAAGAGAAUCCAAAUCCAUUUCUCAUCUGAGAUUUUCUUAAUAAUAUAUAAAAAAACAAGAAGAAAGUAAAAGGACAGAAUUCAGAAGCUGAAGGAACAGAAAGUGAAAAGACAAAACAUAAAGAAGAAAAGAGAAGACUCCACAACAAGUGAAGAAAAUUCCUCUGGAACUGGAAUGUUUAAGAAGAAAUAGUAAAAAAAAUGCAGAAAUGACAGAAGCAAAGCAUUAGUGUAGAAACAAAGCAACAAUAAAGAAGAAAACCCAUUAAGGACAAACAGGAACAGCUGAGGCUGACCAUGCAGCUCCUCACGCUCCUCGCUGCUCUCUCCUCCAUCCUCCAUCCUGCUCCCUCUCUGGCCCCUGCGGGCAGCGUGGCCCUCAGCCGACUGGACCGCUGGGUCCGCUCGGGGCUCCAGGUGCUGCAGUGGGACCAGCUGGACCGCUGCCUCCGCAUGUCCUCCAUGUCUGAGGCAGACUGCAGACGGCUCAGCCACCUGCCGCUGUCCUCUGUGGCCGUGUACAUGUCGGAGCAGCGCAGCGCUUCAGGUCCCUCAAACAAAGUCCUGGCCAUCCUGCCCGACUUUUCCAGCGGCACGCUGAGCUCCAAGCUGAGGGGAAGCUUCAGUGUUGGGCGGAUGCUGAACAGACAUCACCAGCCCCUCUACAGUUCCUCUGCCCAUGAUGUUGUUCUGGUUCUGGAUCCAUCACCAGGGGAGAACUUUGGACACCCUGUGGUUCUCUUUUAUGUGGACAUGAAUGUGACAAAGAAGAAAUGUUCCCACCUGGAUGGAAUUUACUUGGGAGACGAGUGUUUGACUCUGGCUUUGAAGGGUCGCUGCCAGAACCAGCUGAAGCGCCGUCAGACGGGUCCACAGAGGCUGUUUGGCAGCAGACGGGUGGCAGGUGGGACUCUGGGUGGAGGCACCGCCGGCAGCCGCCUGCUGGAACGAGCCAUCGGAGGUUUCUGCGAGGUUCACUUUCUGCCACUGGUGGUUGCCAUCGGAGACAGCAGUUGGACGCAGAGACUCAAAUGUGUUGACAGCGCAGAGUUUGCCAGGUGUCCCCAGCAGCUUCCCAUGAGCUCUCCCAGUCUGCCUGUGUCAAGCUGUGAGCUCAAUAAAAACACCAGGCGCUGCCACCAGCAGCCGCUGGCCACACACCUGUCCUGUCGCCUCUAUCAGACCUGUGACCAUGCCGUGCUCAUCUCAGGUGGUUGGCAGCCUCAGAUGACAUUUCAGCAUCACGCUCAGAAUCUUGAGAAGUUCUACAAAAUGCUCAGAAACAAUGGUUUCCAUAAAAAUCACAUCAAGACUUUCUUCGCCAGCAGUGGACAGCUUCUAGACGUAGAGGGCGUUUACUCCGCAACAGAGAAGGCAGUGAUCCGUAACCAUGUGUCAUACAUUUGCCGGAAGCAGCAUUGUGCCGACACUCUGGUUCUGUACCUGAACUCACCGACACGCACCGAUGGGACCAUGCUGCUGUGGGACGCCAACCUGAAUGGCAUCGCUGACCUGAAGGAGCGCUACUCGGUGAGCGAACUGCUGGCUGACCUGGCUGGCUGCAGGGCCUCUCGGGUUCUCCUGUUUGUGGAUCAGAGCUACAGCGGGGUCUUGUCCAAAAGGCUAAGGAGUUCCCAGAAACACCAUAACGUAGUGUUGAUCCAGCAUCAGUCCCACCAGACCCACAGGCUGUUCCCGGGAUGGGAUGAUAACAGCUGGUCUUCUAUCAGUGCUGCCACUUGCCUGUUAGACCACCUGGAGAAGGUCGAUGGGAUGUCUCGGCUCUUGGAGCCGUGGGCCGGCCUGUUAAACGUGACGCUGGCAGGAGCUCCAUGUAAUGCGACGCCCCCUCUUACAGACAGUGAGAUGCAGCGAGAGUAUCAGGGCUGCCAGAACCUGCCGACUGCUCUGUGGUAUCAGAAGCAUGGGAGGACCAACUGAGAGACACCAACAGACUUAUCCAAACAAGACAGGCCUGGAGGUUUUAUCUCCAGUGUAUGUUUGCCACUAUAUGUGUGUGUCUCUAUGUGUAUUUUGGCUUGGGAAGCUUAUGCUUGUUAAAACUUCAGUUUAACUGUGUUAGACACUGCUGUGUGUUUAUUUUAUGACAUAAGUCUACUCAUCUCAGUGGGACGCCCUGAACACCAUGUGAUCUGUGUGUGUGUGUGUGAGUGUGUGUUCACGAGUUCAGCAAAAGGACAGCCUUUCUCAAGGGCCAGCACCAGCUUACAUUAUGGUCAGAGUGUGUGUUUGUGUACAACACGUCUCCUGGGCACUUUAACAUUUUAGAUCCAAUCAUCGUCCUAUUUUUGUCCUAACACCGGUGUCCUUUCAUGAUCUUAUUUUAAUCUGCCCUGAACUCAACAGUUUUUUUUCCUUCUCCUCUGAAUCCUGUUCACAUCUUUUUAAAUCUAACUUUUAAAUUGUUGUGUCAGCUGACCACUAUGCCUUUCUUCUGAUUGCUCAGAACCUCUUCUUUUAAAAAGACAGACACAGUAAAAUAUAUGUAUUUAUAUAGUGACUGUGGACAAUUCAUAUAACAAAAGACAUUAUUAGUUUUAUUCUUUAUAGAGGUUUAUAGUAUUACUCUUGUUAUUCCACCAAAUAUUGAUUUCUGAGCUUUUUUUUCCCCCAGAGCUGUAUAUUUAUUGGUAUUUACACCAAAAAACAACUUCCACACAAUAACAUGAACAUUUUGAAUUAAAUAUUAGUCUGACUCAUGUGAGUUCAGCGAAAUGAGUAUCUAGAAGUCACAGGUAUUUAUUGGCUCUGAUAGCAUAAAUAAUAACAUCAGGUAUACAAGCUAAACAUCAGUAACAUGUGAUCUGGGCUGUAGACUGAACACUAAGGCUCUGUCUGCACAGCAUGUUUUGACGCUCAGUAAUGUACUUGAUUUUUUUUUUCUGAAAUCUGAUUUUAUUUGCAUGGUACUGCAUGACGUGACCACAGUCAGACUUCUUAGAGCCCCAAAUGCACAGAUGAAGAAUGUUGACCUUCAAACAGCAGCAGAAGUCAUAAAGUAUGGAAGCGUCUAUUCUAAUCUGACAGAAUUGGUCUCAAAUACUCACGGAAGCUCUCAUUUCCAUACAGUUGAAACUGGACGUUUACAUACAUCAAAUAAAAAAGACAUUUUUUUUUUCCUGAAGUUAAAUCAGACAACACUUCUCUUUAUUUGAACAAGUAAAAUGUCAGAAAAAAUUAAAUAAUUAAGGGGAAAACAAAAAAUGUCAUAAUAAUAAUAAUAAUCAAACUUUAAAAAAAUGUCAGUAUUUGGUAGCGCUACCUAUGGAAAUCCUUUUUAGACCACUUCUGGACGUCUCCUCAUUGCUUAGAGAGAAAGUAGUGACUCUGCAUGUAAACGUCUUACUCUUUCUCUCAUUUUUGUGUCAUUUAGCAAAUCCAAAUAAUUUUGAUUAUUCUAACUGAUCUAAAACUAGAGAAGCUUGGUCUGAUUUAAUUUCAGUGAGAAGAAAGUUGUAUGUGUCUUUCUAUGUGGCUUGUGUUUGAUUUUAACUGUACAUGUUUCUUUCAUUACAUAGAAAAAAAUUUUUAAAAGUGUAAAAGAGAGCAGGUCACUUUAACGAAGCAAAUCAGUCUGAAUCCAUUGUGUGUUUGUUUUCUUUGGCUGGGCUGCGCUGAAAUUAAUUGCAUUGUGUUUCUGUUUGAUGACCGGAAUGGCUGGUUCUGAUUCUGCCAGUUUGACUGGCAGAAUGAGGGAUUACUGAAACAACCAACUUGUGGUUUCAUUUCAUUUUAAAAACAGUGUUUAAGAAUUAUGGCAGAUGGGAUUUCAUCUCACCGAGGACAAUAGCUGUGUUUUGAACUGAACAUAAACUAAAAACUGGAGUUUUUGGAGAAGUGUUCGACAUUCAAAACAAGUUUAAAAAUGGGCAAAAGUUUCAAACUACACAUUUCAUGGAAUCAGAACAUCAAGUCUGAAGAGAGAGAGAAACAACAAACUAGAUGGCUGAAGAGCAACGGCAGUCCCUCCUGCAAAACAGAGUAACCACUGCAUUUAAUCAAAUCAUAUGAAUGUGCCUGCUAAAAUCCCAUAGUCCGAUCACCUUGGACCUGUUCUGUGCCCUAACAGGAUGUGUAAUGUUCUGUCCAGUGAUGUUCGUCUAAAUGUCAACAGUAAUCAUAAAGCACAUCCUCUUGUACUGUCUUUUCUUCUCGCUGUGUCACACAGAGCUGUUGUAGAAAUGUAACAAUUUGAUGUUCAAUCAGAAGAUAGAAGCUGAUGAAAGUAACAACUUCUGAAGCGAGAAACUGAGUUCCAGAUUGUUGUCGUUUGUGUGAUGACCAGUACAGUGUGUGACGUGUAAUUUAGCUGAAAUGUUUCCAGUUGCAUGCAGUGAAUCACAAAGUAAAAUCAAUAAAGUACUUCAAAGUGA